AUGCGAGGCUUCAACACAGUGGGGGACAACAAUCUUACGAACGCAGAUAGUUUGUCGUUCGUGUGGAAGGACUUUAAGAGUGCCGGCUACGUGACUGCAAUGUCUGAAGACAGUCCGGAGAUCGGCAGGUUCCAGAGUCCACCCGUCGACCAUUAUCUUCGGCCUUUGCCUAUGCCCAAACUCAGCCGCUGUCAACGUAAACGAAGCAGCAUGGAACAUACCCUGGAUUACUGCACUCAGCUGAUCGAACGAUAUGUGAAGGACACUAAGCCGUUCUUUGGAUUCUUCUGGACGAAUUUGUUUUGGUCCGAAAGCUAUGCCGAACCGUUGGAAAAUGAUGAGGAGGUGUAUGACUAUCUGAACAGGUUCGAGGCAUUGGGACUCUACGAAGAGGCCAUUGUAGUUGUCCUCAGCGAUCAUGGGAAGCAGUUUGGAAAUCUGAUUCACCUUCGCGAUGGUCAUUUGGAGGAACGUCAGCCCAUGCUGUUCAUAUCACUGCCAAAAUGGUUCCGGCAACGCCAUCCAGGGUUUGUCAAUGCCUUGCAGUUGAAUAGCCAUCGCUUGUGCUCUCCCUACGAUCUCCAACUGACUUUGAAACAUAUAUCCUCGCUACAGGUCGCGCACGAGACUGUACUUGCGAGUACCCCGUCAUGUCCUCGCUGUCAGAGUCUGUUCUAUCCGCUGCCAGAGACUCGAACUUGCUCUGAGGCGGGCAUCGGGCCACAUUGGUGCUCCUGCGAUGCGUAUAGACCGCUGCCACUGAGCGACAAUAUUCAGACCAUGGCACACUUUGUGGUUCAACGAAUUAAUCAAUUUUUAACCGAUCUCAGUCUAACGAAUCGGUGUAGUAAGCUCCGUUUGUCUGGCAUUAGACGGGCCCAGAGGAAAGAGAGAUCCCCGCAUGACGAUCCCAAUGUGUGCCACUAUCGAAUUAAACUGGAAGCCCUGCCCAAUACGGUGGUAUUUGAGGCCACCGUGAGCUAUAACGAGCUGACGCAUCUGAUGGAUACGGACAUCAAUACGGAUAUCAGUAGACAAAAUUCUUUUGAUCGGGAUGGCAGUUGCAUUCAGCACAAAAAGGCGCAGAAGUUUUGUGUGUGCCACAACAGGAUAACUACUAAUUAG